AUGGCGUCCGAGUCACGCAACGCUCUCGACAUGAAAGAAGCACGCUGCACGCUGCCUCCAGUGUUUGAGCCUGUGCUGAACUCCCAAGGCUCGGAAGAGCUGAAGGCGCAGUACAAGGAGGUGGUCGCGAGAGGGGGAUCCAUGGCACGUCUUAUUUUGCUGUCCGGAGUCGACGCGGGACCCCAUUUGUCUCUUGUCCAACUGCGGUCGUUGGACGAUCACGCGGUGCUCCCUGGGAUCACCGUUGGGGAUAUUAGCACGUUGUCAGGAAUGAAGGGAUUAGGAGUUUACGACGCCGUCGACAACGGUUGUGCGCGGCUCGACCAUGUCAGGAUUCCCCGCAAGCAGAUGCUCUCUGUGUUCGCGUCCAUGACGAUCGAAGCCGAAUACGUCAAGCCUAGCCAUGCAAAGCUCAGUUAUGGUGGAAUGCUUUACACCCACUCUGCGAUGGUCGCGUCAGCAGGCUGGACAAUUGCGAAGGGUAUCGCAAUCGCGCUGCGAUACGCAACCUCUGCAUUCGCCUCCUACCUGCUCUGGCGCAUGCAUGCGUGUCCAUUCGGCUGGGAAAGAGCCUCGAAACACGUCGUUGCUGGGGAGAUGCACGCGACGCUGGGUGGUCUCAAGGCCAUUUGUAUGCGGACUACGUUCCUGCUGCCACUUUCUGAGUUCGACUACAGGUACGAAGGCGACAACUUCGUCCUCGAUCAGCAGGUCGUCCUCGCUGCGCUCAAAGCUUUCGACGCUGCCCCACUGCUGUCGCCUUCCUGGAGCACCGCCCGGCGCUCAUGGUUCAAGAACGAGCAGCACGGGCCGCCAGAUCUCGACUGA